UGGAAACAAUUAAACAAAUAACCUCGAACAAGCUUUGAUGCUACGCUCACUCUCUCAGGUGGAAGCACUCUUCAACUCAACGCAUUCCAUUUUACGACCAUACUCCUCUUUGAUUGCUAUAAUGUUGUCAUUCUCACGAAUCAUGUUAAGGUGUGCUCUUCAAAUCCCAAAGCUCUCUCCUUAUUCUGUUCCCCACUCCUCUCUCCGUCUUUGCUUCCCUUCCACUUCAUCCCUACACACUCAUUCUCAACCCCAAUCACUUGAUGAAGCUGUUGAUUCCUUCACUCGCAUGCUCUCUAUGCGUCGCCCUCCAUCCAUCAUCCAAUUUAACAAGAUUUUGGGAUCUCUUGCCAAGACCAACCAUUUCCCCACCGCCAUUUCCCUUUUUCAGCAAUUGCAAGCCAGGGGAAUUGGGCCCAGCAUAUUUACUAUGAAUAUUUUAAUCAAUUGUUGCUGCGGCAUGGGUCGGAUCACUCUCGCUUUCUCUAUAUUGGCCAAGAUUUUCAGGAUGGGUUUUCAGCCUGAUACCAUAACGUUGAAUACACUCAUUAAAGGUCUUUGUCUAUGUGGUAAUGUUGAAAAAGCACUACACUAUCAUGACAGAGUGCUGGCUCAUGGAUUUCAGUUUAAUCAAGUCACUUAUGGGACCUUGAUUAAUGGACUCUGUAAGGCCGGACACACAUCUGCUGCUAUUCAAGUGUUGAGAAACAUCCCACGGUAUGGGAUUGCUCCUGAUGUCGUCAUGUACAGCGCAAUUAUUGAUAGCUUGUGCAAGGAUACGCUUGUAAGUGAUGCUUUUCAUUUAUACUCUGAAAUGCUUGCUAAGGGAAUCUCUCCCGAUGUUAUCACGUACAACACUCUAAUUUAUGGAUUGUGCCUUGCCGGCCAACUUAAGGAAGCCAUUGAUUUACUAAAUCAUAUGAUGCUGAAAAACAUUACUCCAGAUGUUCAUAGCUAUAAUACUUUGAUUGAUGGGAUAUGUAAGGAAGGAAAGAUCAAAGAUGCUAAGAAUGUGUUGGGCUUGAUGACAAAACAUGGUGUGAAACCAAAUGUGGUUACUUAUAACACCUUAAUGGAUGGGCAUUGUUUGGUUAAUGAGGUAAAUAAGGCAAAAUUUGUAUUCAACACAAUGGUCCAAAGUAGAGUGUCACUUGAUGUUCAAAGUUACAGUGUCAUGAUUAAUGGCUUGUGCAAGAGUAAAAUGGUCGAUGAAGCCUUGAAUCUCUUUGAAGAAAUGCGUUGUAAAUACUUGGUUCCAAACACGGUAACUUACAACACUCUUAUUGAUGGCUUGAGCAAAUCAAAGAGAAUCUCUUGUGCUUUGGAGCUUCUUGUCGAGAUGUAUGAUAGAGGUCAACCUGCUGAUGUAGUCACUUACAGCUCCUUGUUGGAUGGGAUGUUCAAAAACCAACAACUUGACAAGGCACUUAUGUUGUUCAAUCAAAUAAAAGAGUGUGGCAUUGAUCCAAAUAUACGUACAUACAACAUACUUAUGGAUGGCCUGUGCAAAAGUGGAAAAUUCGAAAAUGCAAAAGAGAUUUUUCAAGAUCUUUCUAUGAAAGGCUAUCGUCCAAACGUGAGGACAUACACUAUUAUGAUCAAUGGGUUUUGCAAAGAGGGCUUGCUUCAUGAAGCAUUGGAACUCUUCUCAAAAAUGGAAGACAAUGGUUGCUUACCGGAUGCGGUGACUUAUGAAAUAACCAUUCGUACUCUGUUUGAAAAAGUGUAUGGGUUGGAAUUGAUGAAGUCUCAGCUCAAAGUUGCUGCUGUUCUUGCUAUUAGGUUGCUCUGGAUUCAGCACUCAUUUUGUGCAGACGAACCGAACAGGACUUGCCUAAACAAGUGGAAAUAUGCUGAAGAUAGUAGUGAAUCAUUAUGGACAUGCAUAUGUGAUACCAAUGAUUUCCCUAAAGUGGCAGUUGGUGGCUGUAGCUCUAGUUACUUUAAUCCGGCAACUGCAUCUAGGUUAUACCUGAAGCAUAUUGUACCAAAGCAAUCAUUUUGA